GAUUCUCCGUCUCGUAUAUCGUUCAUGAACCACUCUCUUGUCCAUACUGCGUCCUCCGACCUGUUCAUCUCCGCUCAAGUCACAUCACGCUCAUCCCGGUCUGUCCGCUGGAUGCCAUAGACAUCUCGUACUCGAUCUUUUCCCACUUGCACCAUCACUGCCAGCAGCUUCGGACGCCGAAUUUGGCAAGUGGGCAGGCUCCCUGUUGUUCAUGUGCAUAACACCUUUCUCUUGAUCCUCGCCAAUCACUACGUGAGACAUGGCUCCUUCAGUCACGCCAAAGCAUACCCACUAUGCCUUGGUGGUCGAUGCUGGCUCAUCCGGAUCCCGACUACAGAUAUAUUCCUGGCGGGACCCAGAUCUCGAGCGAGCUGAGAUACUGCAAGAGGUCCAAUUAGCUAGGAAGGGCAAAGGCGGCAAGAAAUGGUGGUUCGACAGUUUGCCAAGUACGUGGAAAGGCAAAGGAAAGGCUAGAGAAGAUCAAGUCGAAACGACAGCGUUGAGACGACUGGUCAGAGUCGGCAAAGGUGUCGAAGGAGAUGCUUGGGUCAAGAAAGUCGAGCCGGGUAUCUCGACCAUACCGCCGGAAGAUAUACCUUCGUAUCUCGCUCCAUUACUCUCUCAUGCACUCCAACAGAUUCCACCUUCCCAACAUUCGGCCACCCCGAUCUACGUUCUGGCAACAGCAGGUAUGCGUUUGCUGAGUGACUCGGCUCGUGAUGCCAUCUUAGAAGCGACUUGUCAGACCCUGCGGUCAAAGUAUCCAUUCAAACUUGAUAGCACCACGUGUAGGGAGAACGUCCGGGUCAUCACUGGCGAGGAAGAAGGCAUGUGGGGCUGGGUAGCAGUCAACUAUCUGAUGGACGGGUUCGGUCACGCACCGGAACCGACCCAUACCCUUGGAGCUUCAUCUAGCAGCACUUCAGGUCUCUUACCCUUGGCUCCCCUCGCUGAGCCGCCUCCUCGAUCAUCGACAGCCUCGGUCACUCCUGUUGACGUCUCACAUCAGUCUCCGACUUUUGGGUUCCUCGAUAUGGGCGGGGCGUCCACUCAGCUUGCCUUUUCUCCUUCUUCGAUCGAGCUGGCUAGAUCGGGAUUCCCGGCAUCUGAUCUCCACGACAUCUCAUUGCGUCUAUUGUCUGGAGAAGACGUCCACUGGCCCCUGUUCGUUGCUUCAUGGUUGGGAUACGGCACAAACAAGGUCCGCGAUCGUUAUCUCGAUAAUUUAUUGGCACGCGCCCGAUCUGACGGAGCGCUCGACAAGCCAAUUCCGGACCCAUGCCUGCCGAAGGAUUUCGUUGACACCAUGUCAGAAGUGUCUUUCAAGGGCACUGGGCAAUUUGCUACUUGUCUCACCGACCUGCGCCCAUUGCUCCAGCAUGAUCUGCCGUGCCCGACGCGGCAUUGCCUUUUCGGCGGGGUUUCCACCCCAUUCAUCGAUUUUGAGCGCGAAGACCAACGUGGAUUCAUCGGUAUCAGCGAGUAUUGGUACACUACGCAGCAGGUUCUCGGCCUCGGAGGUGUCUUUGACUGGGGUGAAUGGGAAAAGGGGAUGGGCGAGUUCUGUUCGAGAGAGUGGAGUAGCAUCGAGAAGCAGGUCGAGUCAGAAAAAGGAUGGGGAGGCGCAGCGGUGGAGCUUUCGCGAUUGCAGAUGCAAUGCUUCAAGGGUGCAUGGAUCUCGAAUGUCCUUCACGAGGGUAUCGGCAUACCUCGACUUGUCGAUGCUGGGGGCAACGACACGCUGACCGGAGGCUCCGUCGGUGACACGAAUGCUGAGGCUGAACGGAGAGCGAGGGAAAAGGGUCUGGCAGAGAAGGUCAAGGGCAAGCAUCACUUUCAAUCGAUGGACGAAGUUGGCGAGACUGCCAUUUCCUGGACCCUGGGCAAGAUGGUCAUUGAAGCUAGCAAACAGGUACCGCCGCGCUCUGCGGCAGUGGAAGCUGCUUGGACAUCUCGAUUACCCCAAAUCCAUCUAUCAGAAUUGGAGAACCGAUUGAAUCGUCUCGGCAUCCAAACAGUCUGGGCAUACACAUUUAUGACGUUUUUGCUGGUCAUCUGCAUAUUCAACAUGCUCAGAAGGCGAUUACGUUGGUCUCUCUCUUCGACUAGGUCAGCUCGAUUCCGCAAACCGAGUAUAUCGGAUGGUCGUAGCGUUUGGCCAUGGCGAGGCAAUGUCGAAGAAGAAGGCAUCGAUUUGACCCCGUCUAAAUCGUCUUUUCGAGGCUCUAUCGGUCGAUUUCACCUCUGGACCAUGCGUUUGGGUUCGAUCCUUCGGCGGAACAACCCCUUCGGACCGAAUGAGCGCAACGCCCGCGCGCCUUUCGGUCGAUCGGUUUCCAUGCCACUCACCGCUACGCUCGCUUCGGGAGACUGGACGCCUCCCCUCCCUUCUCCGAGAGGCGGUGGACAAUUCUUCACGCCGGGUUAUGGGGUGCCCAAUGACCCAACGUCUUCGCAAACUACUUCCUCUUCCACAAGCACGGCUAUAGGAUCGAAAUCUGGCGCUGCGUCUCCAGUCACUGCUUCACCGCCGCGAUCUAAAUCGUUCCGCGGCAAAGCUAGACCCAGUUUACCUUCAAAUUUGGCUCUCCAUGUCCCUGACACCAACAAUGGGUGGAAUGAUCCUCCAACCAGUAUGCUAAAUGGAGCGACCUACGCUGUGGAUCCAGAAGAAGUCAGUCCGACCGGCAGUACCAGUGGCGUCCUGACACCGAUGGCGAAUGCACGAGGGCUCGAUGUCAAUUCUCGACCGAUGUCGAGACAAUCUUCCCGUGUCAAUUUAAGCGAGUUGGGACUCGCUCAGCGGGGCAGUAGUCGAUCUACAACUCCGAUGAGGGACUAGGUGGUCUGUUGGAUACGUCAUCAUUGUCUACAGGAGUACAUGAUGCAUCGAGAUUUU